CCGCGGCGCUGAGGCGGCGGCGGCGCAAGAUGGCGGCGGCAGCGGCGGCGGGGGGUUCCGGGGCCGCCGCGCCGGGUUCUUCAUCCUCAGGCGGCGGCGGGGCCUGCUCGUCGUCCUCCGCCGCCGCCUCCUCCUCCUCCUCCUCGGCCUCGUCUUCCCCGGCGGCUGCGGCGGCGUCGUCCAACCCGCGCAAGUUCAGCGAGAAGAUAGCGCUGCAGAAGCAGCGGCAGGCCGAGGAGACGGCGGCCUUCGAGGAGGUCAUGAUGGAGCUGGGCCCCACCCGGUUGCAGGCUCAGAAGUUGCGACUGGCGCACAGCCGAGGACCUUAUUACGGUGGAUCGCUGCCCAACGUCAACCAGAUUGGAAGUGGCGCGGCAGAGUUUCAGGGUUCCCUCCAUUCUCCACUGGACUCAGCCCGGGGCACGCGGCAUCACGGCUUGGUGGAACGGGUACAGCGGGAUCCCCGCCGGAUGAUCUCACCGCUGCGUCGCUACGUACGACAAAUCGACAGUUCUCCUUAUAGUCCGGCGUACUUGUCCCCUCCUGCUGAACCGAGCUGGAGAAGGACAAUGCCUUGGGGAAAUUUUCCUCUGGAGAAAGAACGCUUGUUUAGACUGCCUGCCUCACUCAACAGAACGAACUCGGACUCUGCCCUCCACACCAGCGUGAUGAAUCCCAACCCACAGAACAUGUACCUGGGACCCUCUCAGGCGGCCCCCCCUCCCAAUCGGAAGACCGGUUACCUAGAUACUGAUACGGAUAGCAAAGUGUUUCUUUUCCAAGUGCCUUCCAUCGAAGAGAACCUCUUAGAUGACGGGAAGCAGUCGCUGAAACCUUGGGACACCAAGAAGCUCUCCUCGUCUUCCGCCCGUCCCCGAUCUUGCGAGGUGCCUGGAAUCCACAUCUUCCCCUCCCCAGACCAGCCUACCAACUUGCCUCUGAUGCCAGCCACCCUCAACACGGGGGGGUCCCUGCCAGAUCUGACCAAUCUGCACUUCCCUUCCCCGUUGCCUACGCCCCUGGACCCGGAGGAGUCGGCCUACCCCAGCCUGAGUGGCGGAAGCAGCACCAGCAACCUGGCCAGCACCAUGACGCACCUGGGGAUCAGCGGUGGGAUGGGCCUGGGCCACGGCUAUGACCCCCCAGGGCUGUGUUCAUCUAUGCAGAGCUCUCUCAGUAACCCCUGCCUGCAGUCCUCGCUUAAUGCCCCCGCCCUGUGCCCUUCGCCCAGCAGCUCCUCCAUCGCCUCCCCGCUCAGCAGCCAGUCCUUGCCUUCCUCUCUCAGCACCCCCUCGCUGUCCACCUCGCUCAGCAACCCUUCCCUCCCCACCUUGCUCAGCGCCCACUCGAUGCCCUCGGUCCCGGCCAAUUCCCGGCUGCCCCCACCGCCCCAUCCCCACCACCAUCCGCCCCCGGGCUUUGGGGGGCCGGCUUCCUCCUCCUCCUCUUCCUCCUCCACCGCUUCGUCCCCGGCCGCCUCCUACACCCCUCUGAACGCUUCGCCCCGCCGCAGGGUCCCCCUCAGCCCCCUGACUCUCCCCAUGGCUGGAGAUGCAAGACGACAGCACCCCAAACAGUUUUCGCCAACUAUGUCACCCACAUUGUCUUCCAUCACCCAGGGGGUACCGUUGGACACCAGCAAGCUCCCCACAGACCAGCGGCUUCCGCCCUACCCCUACAACCAGCCAGGUGUGCUGCUUCAGCACAGCCAGAAGUCCCAGCACCAGGUGCCCGGAGGCGUCCCUACCUCUCAAACACGCCAGCCCUCCCAGCCGCCCUGCCCUUACCCGGCGCAUUACCAGCCUAAUUCCAUGCUCCAGCAUCAGCUCAACCAGCCGUUGGGGGACUUCGGCUUUGGCAACUUCGACCAGUACGGCUUUGUCGACAACAUGACUGGAGGUUUUGCCUUCAACAGCAACGCCUUCGCGGAGGACAUGGGUGCCUUAAAUUACUCGCCGAGCGACCACAUGGGACCGCCAGCAGGCGGAGGGGGCGGCCACAGUAGCAACAGCAGCGCCAUGAACGAUCCCCACUUGCUCGGUCGGCAGAACCUGAGCAAUUGCAGUCGUCACGGCCCCAUCCCCAACAUCAUUCUCACGGGGGAUUCCCCGCCUGGCAUCUCCAAAGAAAUCGCCAGCGUCCUGGCGAGCAUGCCGGGCUUCGAAAUGGACGCGGCUUCCCUGGGUCUGGACGAGGAUCUGAAGAUCGAGCCGCUGAGCUUGGACGGACUCAAUAUGCUGAGCGACCCUUACGUCCUGCUGACCGAUCCCUCUGUCGAAGACUCCUUCCGCACCGACCGGCUCCAGUGAACACAAGGGGUGCCGAGAGACCCCCCCCCAACCCACCCCGGCAGGGACUGCGGGACCCUCGUGAGCCGCGGAGAAUCAAACGGGCUGGGCCACGCUGCCAAUCCUCGGGGGGGGGGGUGUGGACCCGACCGAGAGACAGAGCGGACGAUUCGCGCUUUGCUUCCUCCCCAAAUGCCACGUUCUCUCCCCCCCACACCACCUGGGGAGAGACCCUCGUAGCUUCAGCAGCUUGGAUGCUCUCCCAAUGCUUGGCCCAGAGGCAGGGCUGGCCCCAGGUUCGAGGAACGUUGAGGAAGGGCGACGAGGCGUCCUUUCGGAUCCAUCCGACCCGAGCGUUGGGUGGAACGGAUGAGCAGGAGCAGCGAGGGAGGGGAAUGCCUUCCCAGAUGUUAUCUGGGUUGGGUGAGAUCGUGGGGGGGUCACUUUCUGAACCCCUCAAAUCAAGAAACGGGGCGGCAUAAAAGCAUCUCAGCCAUUUUUCACCCCCGUGUUAUCGUCCCCCUGUAAGAUGCCUCCCAAUGGGAGGAGAAUAGAGAGAAUUGUCCCAUCUUUUUGUUAUUGUUUUGUCCCCCUUAAUUUUUCUCGCCUAAUCAAUUUCUUGCUGGUUUUUUGUUUUUAAUUUUAUUUUUAAAGAAUUCUGUACAUAGCCCUCUUUCUUUCUCUCCUGUCUCUUUCAUUCUCUCUCUCUCUCUUUCUCAAACUGCCAUGUUUUUCACCCCUGGGGAGAUGAAGGAGAAUAGUUGCUAGUUAAGGCACUUCUAACUUUGCAUUCUUAUCCGUCGGACGUGGAAGGCCGAGCGCCGGGGAGCGAGGGGAGGGGGGCUGGUGGGAAGACCCCCCCCCAGGCUGGGUUGGCCACAAAUCUGGGUUGCUGCCUCUUUCCAUCUCCCCCGCCCCCGCCCCCGUGGAGGAGAUGAACCAGAAUGAUUUUAUUAUUAUUUUUUAAAUACAUGUGAAUUAUCAUGA